AUGAGUCGCCCAAACACUCCCCGCUCGUACCCCGCGGGUAUCGACACAUCCGUCCCGCGCGACUCGUUCUCAUCCACAGAAAGCCCUAGCCCUCUUCAAUCAACCCCGCGUCGAACUGGCUCGAGCAAAUCGCGAGCCAGCUCUGACAGCCGCCGGCGUUACGACAACACUGUCUACCACUACGGUCGACACUCAAACUACUGGCUCUUCGGGGGGUUCAGCGUCCGAGACACUCACUCCGUAAUUUUUGUAGAGCUGGACCAAGCAGAACAAGAACUAUUUAUCCCUGGGGCCGCUGGAGCCUUCUCUGCCCAGGCUGUAGUCGCUGAGAGAGCUACAAAUGAAGGGUGCCAGCUUCUGAUGGUAGCUCGAAGCUUGGCUAGGUACACAUUUGUACACGUUUCCUCAGUUGCAGAAUAUUGGAGUUGGGAAAGCCAGCAGAGUGUAUUGGAGAACAAAUUGAACUAA